AUGGCGGCUGCGCUUCCGCCUGCUACGGGCGGUGGGUCGAGCGGUGGCGCCCCGACAGCAGCUGCGCAGCAACCUCGGCAGAUUGACCAGUCGGCCUUGGCUGCAGCUGACAGGAACGCCCCGCAGGAUCUCUUGAAGGCCUUCUUCAGCCAAGAUCAGGACGUCGUCGACGUCCUUGGCGUGGAGAGCGGCCUCCUCAGGCUCACGAAGGUGUUCGAACUCUACGAGCUCAAGCCAUCGCCCACCCACGUGAGCUUCUUCGAUGAGAAAGGGAACAGGCAGAUCUUCCGCGACGCUUGCAACCAGCGCAAGCAGGAGUCGGUCAAGGAGGAGUUGAUGUCCAGCAUCGCGGAUCGCGGCCUCGUUCCUGGAGUUGCCGGGGAGCCCUGGCUUUGCUGUUCGGAUGGCGAGGUGCCGCCGUGCCACGCUCUCACCUUUGGGGGGAGGUCAGACGCCAUCUACGAGCUGGCAGAGAAGCAGCCCACCAACCCGCAAGUGAUGGAGACCAUCAAAGGCGGCAUCAUGGCAAGGAGGUUCACAUCGAAGAUGCCCAAAUGGUUGCGGGUGUGGCUCCGCGAUUACCACAACAACUCAGUCUUCCAGCGCGGCAGCACCUACUCAUACAUUGAGCUCUUGAAAGAGAUCCCGGAGAUGGAGGCGAGCUGGCAUGCCGCGAAGGAGGGCCACGUCACCGCGCGCUCCGGCAACUACGAGCAGGCCUAUUGGAAGCACAUCAAGGAUCGCUACGGGGACAAGGUCACAUCGUGGGCGCAGUUUGACUCUGCAAAGUGCCUGUAUCGCAAGCUGCUCAAGCUCGAGGUCCUCCAUGAUCAUUUCGAGUGGGCGGAGCAGCACGUUGAGUUCAUGAACUCUCGCAUCUCGCAGCACAUCGUCAUCAGCAAUAUGCACGCCAUCGCGAAUUUCAUCGUUGCCAAGUUCGACGGGUACAUGUCUCCACUGAACUUGAGGGUCCUCGUGGGUGAAAGCAUCAAGUUUGUUGUCCCGUGCCGCCCUUCCAGUCAGCAGCGCAGAAUUCCUUGGCUAUUUGACGCAGGCGGCGCUUCAGUGACAGAGAGGUUGCAGUAUCUGUGCUUCCCCUUGGACAAGGACUCCCAGGUGCGCAAGAAGUCCGUGGCCAAGACGAAGGCUAAGGCCAAGGCCAAGCCAAAGGGUGGCAAGGCCGCCAAGGCCAAGGCCAAGGCUUCCGCUCAGCAGGAUUCCGCCGCCUCCGCAGAUCUGCCCCCGGUGGAGUCCAUGUCCCUCGAGCUGAAGAGCGACCUCGACAUGUCAUCUGCCCGCGAGAGGCUCCGGGGCCCGAGCGGGGAGCUGAGGGGGCAGCAGACAGCGGGCAGGGGCAUUGGGCGAGCGUGGCGCCGAAACGCGACCCGACGCCAUGCUGCGACGCUGGCUUCGGGCGCCUUCGACGCUUGGCCCGCCCAAUGUCCUCGCCCCUUGUCGGCGCCUCCCACUCGCUCGUUCACGGCCCCGGGUUCUUCGGCGACGACUUGCUGA